AUGGCCGCCGCAGCGCACGCCCUCCUCUGGCGACGCCACCGGUGGACGGCCCUGCGCUCCCUGCUCCUCGUGGCUCUGCUCCACCGCCUCCACUGCUUGGCCUUCCUCGCCGCCUCGUCUCCCGUGUGGCUGCUCGCCGCCUUCCUCCUCGGCAUCGUCCUCGUCCACAGCGAGCCGCCGCUCAUGCUCGCGGCAGCGUCAGCGUCAGAGGACCGCCACCUCUACAAGAGAUCCGCAACCGGAGGCGGCAGCUCCUCCGGCGACAGCUCGGACGGCGGAUCCUCGGUCACCAGCAUGGAGGAGGACGAGCAUCUCCAUCUCGUCGGCGAGAAAGAGGAGGAGGUCGUCGAGGCGGCGGCCGUGGCCUGGCCGGCGGACGACGAGCGCAGCAUCCAGAGCAUCGGCUCGCUGGAGCUGGAGAGGGACGCCAGGCUGGAGAAGCUCAUGUCCAGGCGCAGCGGCGGCAGCAUCCACCGGAACCUCAUCGACCUCGACAUCCACAUCCCCAAGAACCCCUUGCUGACCACCAGCAAGAACAACCCCUUGGGCUUGGACCACCACCAUCACGACGACCCCGGCUCGGCCCCCUCGGCCCUGCUCGACCACAGCAACCCCUUCGAUUUCGAUGUCCAUGGCGGCCACCAAAGGGAUCGGGACCCGGAAUCGGAAAUAAUAAUGCUGAGACGGCACGAGAGCUUCACGGCCGGCGCCGCCCCUCCCCCUCCUUUGUCGCGCUUCAGGCGCCCCUACUUCGUCGCCGACGUGCCGGGGGGUGGAGGCGGGGACGACUCCGGCAGCAGCGACAACUCCAACUCCUCGAGCCCGUCGUCCUCUGCGGCCAGCGACCAGCAGCAACAAGCCGCGGUCAAACUAGCAGUAGAAAAUGAAGCAGCAGCGCCCAACGGGAUGGGGGUGGCGGUGGACGUGGAGCUCAUCAGUGACUCCUCUGACGACGACAGCAUGCCGCUGCCGGACGAUGAUGCCGCCGGGGCCGGCAGCCUGAUCAUGAACAACCCCCGUGAUGAGGACGAGGACCCAUUCGAAGUGGAGAGCAUCACGCAGCAGGUGGCUGCAGGUACGUACGUACCUGCUAGCUCUGGAUCGAGUGACUUGCUGCACAUACUAGCUCAAACUGAUGGAUGCGCAGCCGAGCGUCAGCAUCAGCCGCCCCGUGAUGUCAACGUCAUGCGAGGGCAGGAAGAGGAGGACGCGAGCAUCAGCGUCAGCAGCUGCAGCAACAGCAAGGAGUGGGUGGCGCCCACUACGCUGGAGGAGAGCGAGAAGAGGGAGCACCACCACAUCACGGGCCCUGUUGCCGUCACCGGCAACAACGACGCCGCCACGGCCACUGCAGCAGCAGUGGUCGCAGCCGCAGAGCCACCACGGGCAGCAGCAGCAGUGCCGCCACCGGCCGCAGCGGCGCCAGCGCCAUCACGGGCGCCAUCAGCGAAGCCGAGCAGCAAGUCCAAGGCGACCUCCAAGAAGGCUGUCUUCGGCUUCUUCCGAAAAUAAUGACUGUUUUUCUCUUCCUUUAUUGACAAGUCUCUCUCUCUCUCCCUCUCCCUCUCUCUCCCUCAAGCUUGUACUUGUACACAAACAACCAAUCCAAUUCUCAAAGGAAAAAGAAAGGAAUCCAGGAUUCAGAUUCUUACUUAAAAGCAUGCAAUGCGGUUGGGUUACAUCCAAAGAAAGCAAUCCCUUGCUUCACAUCCUAGGCAACACAGCAGCAGCAUGGAUGAUGCAAUGCAGUAUUUCCUAUUCUUAAACCACUAAGCAAGCAAACUCGUCCAGCUGAAAGCUCUACACAUCACAGCUCCCACCCCUCCAGAUUCAGGCAGGCAAGCAAGCAAGGAAACCAACGCCAUGAACUCCACCUUGCCAUCUAUCUCCUUCCAAUCCCCCUGUUUCAAGCUUCAAUCAGCUCCUCGAUUGCGCCUCCGGCCUCCUCGACGACAGGAGACAGGAGGCGCUCACACAAGGAAACCAGGACUUCCCCUUAAGCCUGUAUACGCAGCACUCGGACCAGACAGAAAUGGCGGACUCAACAACCCCGACCGCAGAGGUGCCACCUUACCAUCUUCACCCCUGUCAGAUGUCGUCCAGGAGUUCUACUCCUCCCUCAAUGAGAAGAACAGCAAAAGGCUGGAUAAGUUGAUUGCCCCUGAUUGCGUCAUCGAGGAUACCGCAUAUUAUAAGCCACUGGAUGUCAAGUACACCCGUAUCUACUUCAAAAGACUGAUGGAAUCCAUGGGAAAGAAUGUCAAAUUUGCCACCGAUGAGGUUUGUCAAGGUGCAGAGCACACCGCCGCAGUAAUGUGGCACCUUGAAUGGAAUGGAUACACCAUCCCCUUUACCAAGGGCUGCAGCUUCUACAUAUGUUCAGAAAAUGGAGCGGUGCUUCUUAUCAGGAAAGUUCAUAUCUUUGAUGAGUCACCACUGAAACCAGGAAAAUGGGCAUUGGAAAUACUCAACAUUGUCACCAACUUACUCAACAUGUUCCCAAAAAUAGCUGAAGGUUUCCUCAAGGAUCCAGAAGCAGUAGUUCAACCUUUUGUAAAGCUCUACAAGUUUUAUGUGGAGCCUUUUAUCCUCCCAUUUCUAGCAUACUAUACCCACUUCUGGACAUUUGUGGCUCGAGGAUUGACUGUGGUGCUCCAUAUCUUGUAUAACUUAAUUAAACGGCUCAUAUAAAGAGAUGGAGUGACUGAAAUUCAGAUAAA